AUGAAAAACCAAUAUCCAAUAUUAUACAGGCCUUUAUUACUUUGCCGCACAAAUGCAACAUGGCCGAUUAAAACAAAAUAUACAUUUUUAAAUAUUCUACAUCGAAUUUAUGGUAUACUUUGUUGUUUAUCAUUUACCACUAUCACAAUUUUACAAUUUGUGGCGUUGACUUUAGUAGGCAACGAUUUCGAUGAAUUUCUAACAAUUGGUUCUUUAUUCUUUUUAACGAAUGUAACAACGAUUAAAUAUUUAACUUUAGUAUUUCAAACGGAUAAAGUUUCAUUAAUUGUUGAACAUUGUUCAAAACUUGAUCGACAAUUUCAACAAUCCACGAAUGAAAAUGUACAAAAAUUAUUUAAAGCAUACAAUAAACUUGCAUUUUAUAUGACUUUGUAUCAAACAAGUGCAAUUUUAACGUCAACUUUUGUUGUUGCUGCGGCUCCAUACGUCAAAGAUUUAAUAAUUGGUGAACAAUAUUUUGUACUAAGUAAUGGAACAGUUACGGAUCGUGUUAAAAAAGAAUUACCAAUACAAAUUUGGUUACCAUUUGAUUUUCAUAAAUCACCAGGAUAUGAGAUUGGAUAUUUUUUUUCUGGUUAUGGGGGUACAAUGCUAGGUGGUUUCUUUAUUGCAUCCUGGAAUGGAUUAAUUUUGAGUAUUUUCAUUUGUAUCAAAGGUUAUUUAGAUAUUUUAGAAUAUUAUUUAGUAAAUCUUGGUAGUGAUACUUCAAAAUUGUUGAACACAAACGAAAAUAAUCGAAAGGUUAAAUAUGAUAUUGUGCAGUCGAUCAAAUUACAUCAGGAUAUCAUUAUUCUAAUUGAUAAAGUCAAUGAUUAUAUUGGCCCAAUAAUGAUAUUCCAUUCUUUAACAUAUUCAGUGUUACUUUGCUUAUGUGGAUUUAAAAUAAUUAUUAGUGAAAACCUAGCGUUUAGCAUAUGGAAAAGUAAUUGGUAUAAAUUUGAUAAAGAUGCAAAUCAAUGUUUACGUUUUAUGAUGAGGCGUUGCCAAAAACCAUUAUGUUUUAAAAUUGGACCAUUUGGAACAAUUUCUGUUAUGACUUGUGUUGGGAUUCUAAAAGGUGGAUACGCUUAUAUGGCUUUAUUAAAUCGACUUUAUUCGAAAUAG